CAGUGGCUUUGGAAACAGGGAUCAGGAAAAAGGAAGGGUGAGGAGUGAGGAAGUGUAAAGUUUCGCUGUUUCUGGAAAAGUGCAGGGUUUUCUGAACAAGAUGUCGUUGCUCUGCGUAAAAGUAAAAAGAGGACGGCUUCAUGGACCUUCUGAUAAAUUCAACACCUACGUCGCCCUAAAAGUUCAAAAUUUGAAGAGCACGACCAUCACUCGCCGUGGAAAUGAGCCAUUAUGGGAACAAGAUUACAUGUUUGAGAUAAACGAAUUAGAAAAAGGACUUAUUGUAGAGUUGUGGGACAAAGGGUUGAUCUGGGACACACUUAUUGGCACUGUGUGGAUUCCGCUGAAAAGCAUAGCCUACGCCACGGAGGAAGGCCGAGGAUCUUGGUGGGUCUUGGACUCGGACGUCCUCUUGGAUGGAGGAGAGAUCUGCGGGACAGAAAAUCCAACACUGCAUGAGGUCCUCCUGGAUGUGUAUUAUGAAUUUCCAGCGGAAAUUCCUGAAGAUGAGGCUCACUUCUUAAUAGAAAGGCUGAAAUCCUUUGCUGCAGAUGAUGUCAGCGGUCAGACUCUGGGAUUGAUCACAGCUGGCUCCCAGUCACAGGUCUCUGAUGACAACUCGCAAUCAUCAGUGCUGUCACAGAGACCCUGGGAUGACACGGACGGUGACCGCAGCCUGAUGCCGGCUCGAGAUGCUUACUCUAGCAUGUAUCUGGUGGGCCAGUAUGAUGAAGGAGGGGGCCGACGCAGCAUUCAUCUUCCUCCCAGUGAAACACGCAAACAAGAUGAAGAAGAGCUGGCACCAAAUGGCAGAACUGACCUGGAAUCCUGCUCCACAUGCAGCCUGACCCCGAAUUCGCAGUUCUCUCUCGAAAGCAGACCCAUCCUAUGGCUGGCUGAAAGCGGUUCAGUGGAAAGCAGGCCCUGCUCUUCGGUCACCAUGAGCCCCACCAGUCUUCCGGCCAGUUACUCUGACGAGAGUGGGAGCGGUGCUGGAAAAGGAUCUGCUGCAGAUCUCGACAACGUCUCCCAGUCCUCUGGUGGCAGCCUCCGAGCGAGCUCUCCGUCUGCCGUCAGUGACCGGGAUCGCAGCUUGUGCUGCAGUCGGAGCUCCUCGAGCUGCAGCUUUGCUUCUAACACUCAGAACAAGAUGAAUGGAGACGCUCAAGCCGCCCCCAGCCACGGGCUUCCUGACGGACAGCAAAUGGAUAAUGAGGAUAUCAUUUGUGUGAGGAGCAUUGCAAGAGCCAGAUGGACCAAAGCAAUUCAAAAAGCAUUGCAAUUGCCAUUUAGCGAAAGACGACCCUGAGAUCUGGGGGGUGCGAAGGUUCAGGGGGC